GUCAAUCAGCUGGCCGACCUAGUGAACAUUCGGUCCGAAAAUGACUCAAAGGUCUUCACCAGUGGCUGCAUCAUUAACAUGGGUGGCUUCUCCAAGGAAGGCAAGGACGGAAAGCAAGGUGGAAUACAGGCCAUUAGAACGACGGCUGCUGCAUUCGAGGUAGAUACCGUUCUGGUGAUCGAGGACGGCUUCCUUACUUCAUUCCUACAAGAAGAUCUUCCCAAAGAAGUUACUAUUAUACGCCUGCCGAAAUCUUCCGGUGUUGUAACUCGAAGUCCUGAACAAUGGAUGCAUCAACGCGAUCUUCGUGUUAGGGCAUAUUUCCACGGUGAAAAUCCCCAGCGGAGGCUCCAUCCUCAUCAGUUAACUCUUAACAGCAGUGAAUACUCCGUGUACAAAGUGGGCAGUGAGGCAAUACCCGAUGCCUUGUUGCCUCAUGGAGCCCGGGAAGAAGAGACCUGGCGAACGCCUAUUCCCGUUCCAAUCAAUCGGGAUCUGAAGAAUCGCCUCCUGGCUGUUUCUCAAGCUACCGAGGUUGAUCAAAUUCCCGAAUCUCCCAUAUAUGGUUUCAUGGUGGUGCUGAGUGUUUCUGAAGACCGCACAUCCUUCAACGUGCUCAGCCCCUCACCCGAACCGCCGCCAAAUACUCUUCUCGUCUGCAGCAUCUGUUACGUUGAUCCGGAAGGUGUAUAG